ACUUGGGGAGGUUGCGUAGCCUGCAGGAAGAGGAUGGUCGCCGUGAUGGGGACCGGCCGCAAAUGCCAGGUCUGGUAGCGGUCCUCUAAUUGCACCGUAUUGUCUGAGUUUGAACGAAUUUUUCUCAGCACGUGUGGCGAUUUCACACCUCCGCCCUUUUUUUAUAACGCUUGGAAGCUUUUAUACAUCGCGAACCCACGUCUUCCCGUUCACAAGUGCUCCGUCGGGAAGUGCGAAAUCCCCGUGGACGUAAGCGGAUGGACUCGGACGACCGCGGCUGCUUGUCCGUAGCACACGCCGGUGGCAGUCGCUCCGCUGUCAACGCAAAAUGCACCAGAACCCGGAGGAGCAGCCGGGAAACCCGAUGAGUGCGCAGCACGGUGACUCCCACCGCCCGGGGAGAAGCUCCGGCGGCCUCGCCGACCCCAAAGCGGAGUUCAGGAGGAACGCGGUGACGGACGACUACAAGAUCACAGCCCAAGUUCUGGGCCUGGGGAUCAAUGGCAAAGUGCUGGAAUGCUACUGCAAGAAGACAGGGGAGAAAUGUGCCCUCAAGAUCCUCUACGACACUCCCAAAGCCAGACGGGAGGUCGAGCUGCACUGGAGGGUGUCCGGCGGUCCCCACAUCGUCCGGAUCCUCAGCCUGUAUGAGAACAUGCACCAGGGCAAGAAGUGCCUGCUCGUCAUAAUGGAGUGCAUGGAGGGAGGGGAGCUGUUCAGCCGCAUUCAGGCCAGAGGGGACCAGGCCUUCACGGAGAGAGAGGCGUCGGAGAUCAUGCGGGACAUCGGCUCGGCCAUCGAGUACCUGCACCUCAUGGACAUCGCUCACCGAGACGUGAAGCCCGAGAACCUGCUCUACACCACCAGGGAGAGCAACGCCGCGCUCAAGCUGACGGACUUCGGCUUCGCCAAGGAGACGACGCUGCUCAACUCGCUGCAGACGCCCUGCUACACGCCGUACUAUGUGGCACCAGAAGUGCUCGGGCCGGAGAAGUACGACCGGUCGUGUGACAUGUGGUCUCUGGGCGUGAUCAUGUACAUCCUCCUCUGCGGGUUCCCCCCGUUCUACUCCAACACAGGCCAGGCCAUCUCUCCUGGGAUGAAGCAGCGGAUUCGGCUGGGCCAGUACGAGUUCCCCAACCCGGAGUGGGCUGACGUGUCAGAGGAAGCCAAGCAGCUCAUCAUUCAGUUACUGAAGACAGACCCCAGUGAGAGGAUGACCAUCGGGCAGUUUAUCAACCACCCCUGGAUUAGUCAGUCGAUGGCGGUCCCACCCACGCCCCUCCACACGUCCCGCGUGCUGACAGAGGACAAGGAGCUGUGGGACGACGUGAAGGAGGAGAUGACGAGCGCGCUGGCCACCAUGCGCGUGGACUACGACCAGGUGAAGAUCAAGGACCUGGACACGUCCAACAACCCGCUGCUCAACAAGAGACGCAAGCGGCCGAUGCCCGUGGCCGCUGACAGCAAAGACGAAGCUGAUGGAGUUGAGUGCGACGCGUGUGACAAUGAGGUUGCGUUUGCUGACGAUCGUGGCAAAAUGAUCAUCAGACAAAAGUAGUAAAGUCACAGUGAGCAACAUUUUAGCAUCGUCCGCUGUAGUUUAGUGUUUGGUCUUUUUUUAUAUGUUAAUGCACUUAAUAUGAAAAAGUCAUUUACUUUGACUCUUAGCAAUCUAAUACUAUAAAAGCAUUCCUUUGUUUAGCUGAUUUUUCACUUUUGUACAUAAAAAUAUUUUUAUCAUGUUUGUCCAAGUUUACCUGGUGUCUUAAUAUUGUGAAUAUUGAGUCAUAGUCAGAAAACUGUGAGAAACAGAUUGCAGUAAUGAAAUAAUAUGUAUGGCGUCAGAAUGUAUGUGGGAGAUGUUUAUUAGUCAGUUGUACUAACAGGUCAUGUAGGUUAUUGUAUAUUGUAACAAGGACAAUCAAAGGACAUUAAAGGCUUCGCACCCAG